AUGGCGGACGUUCACGCCCUUCCAAAGCUGCGGCCCCUUGGCAAGCUCGAGCAAGUUUCGGCAACCUGCCACCAUCUCGGCUUCUACAACAAUGUUGGUGUUUCUUCCCAUUACAAGCUCUCUGGAGGCUCCGUGGCCAGCCUUCGAGAUCUCAUUUAUAGAGCAUUAGCCAGCGUGGUCCGUGAUCAUCGCAUUCUUUCUGCGAUUCCAGUUGACGAGGGGACUCCUCAAUCAUACUUCGCCUCGCUUCCAUCAGUCAACCUUGAUCGUGCUGUUCAGAUCUUGGAACGAGAAGCUCCUCUAAGUGACCCAAAGGAAAGCGAAGACAAAGAACUCGACGCCCUACUGCAGAGCUGGCACAAUACCUCUUUCAAGUCCGAGUACGGAACUUUACCUUUCUGGCGUUUACUCGUAUUGAAACCACCCGGCAAGCAGACCGAGUUUACUGCCUCAUUCAUCUUUCACCAUGCUAUUGGUGAUGGACUCUCCGGCGUCGUCUUUCACAGAGCAUUUCAAGUAGCAUUGAAUACCUUCCAGGGAAAGUCUUUCGAUCUACCACCUGAGCGAUACAUUGAAUCCAACACUGGCUCACUUCUCCCACCUCUCGAGGAUUUACAUCAUUUACCAAUAAACGAAAACCCUGCUGCUCCUCCUGUCAAUGCAGCGCUGAAAGAAUGGACGGGGGCUCAAGUUCUCCCUCCUCCAUGCCACACCAAUUACAGGUCACUUUACGUCUCACCACACCACACCAAGGUUUUCAGCCAAGAAUCCAAGAAGAGGGGGGUGUCCAUAACCGCUUCCAUCUCCUCGACGAUUGGUGCCGUCCUCUUCAGUAUCCUUCCACCAGAUAUCGAAGCGAUCAAGUGCCUCAUUCCCGUCAGCUUGCGACCCUGGCUCAAGCUUCCAGGUGACACUGCUAACGACGCAAUCGGGACGUACAUCGACGCCUUCAAGGUCCAGCUCACACGUGACGACCUAGGUGCCGAGAGCCCACAGACAUGGCACGUGGCUAAGAAGGUAUCACAGGGCAUACAUCAUUACGUCCACGGGAAUCUUUCGCCUUCGGGGGAACCUUACACAGAGGUUGCCAUAUUCAGGAAUAUUCCAGACCUUUCCGUCGUGUUCCAGUCCUUGAUUGGCUCUGACCGCGCAGCUGCCUACGAAGUCUCAAACCUGGGGAUCUUCUCCGGCUCCCGGAAGGCCGAUGCCGGCUACACCCUCGGAUCGUGGGAAGUAGGCCGCGUGACCUUUAGCCGAAGCACCGUUGUCUCAGGGUGUGCGGUUACAAUGAGCGUCGUCACUGGCGGUGAUGGGGGGAUGACCAUCGGUUUCAGUUGGCAGCAAGGCGUUGUCGAGGAUGAUCUUGUGGAACGCCUCAUCCGCGGCGUUGCCACCGAGCUUGAGGCGUACGUCUAG